AUGACCACCCUAACCGCACCUCACGAGGGCAAAAACUUGCUCACUCCUCCCUCUUCUACCACUUGUCAUGGUAUGUCUGUGAUGAAGCGAUUGAAUCGCCGCAGAGUUCUUCAAAACAAGAACGAGAUUGUCACUUUGUUGGUGACACCCAAUGAUGAAGAGGAAAUCAUGACACCCCGCAAGCUGUUGGCCACCAUGAGUGAGUACCAAGCUCAAAACAACAACAACAACAACAGUAGCAACAUUCACUUGGUCCAUGUGGGAAAGUAUAUCAUCUCUCUCCAGCCCGAGAACUGCCGUUCCUUGGCUGCCUUGUUUGAAGAAGAAUCUAACAACGAGAACGCCGAAAACAAUCCAAUUGUGUUUGCACCAACUUCUUAUGCCACUCCACCACGCACCACCAUUAACAACAACAACAACAAGCACUUCCUGUCUCCACCCACCACUCCACCAGCUACCAAGAAGCCCCGCACCUUGCAAGCCCCACCAGGCUUGCACAUUCCUCUUCCAACCUUGGAUGAGGGAACCAACAACUAUGUUGGAUCUGAACUAGGCCCAACUUCAUUGAAGCCUCGCAACCUCAACCUUACCUUUCACAGCACUCUUUUUGCCAAUGAUACCACAUUGGCCUAG